CCUCAUAGCGUCAUCGAAGAAACAGGGAAUUGAAGCCUUGUCACCUGCUCUUCUCCACCAUCGACAGCAGAUGCCAACGUAUAGCUUCUUCUGGCUGCUUCUAUAGCUUUUGUAUCUUCAUCUUGAAUUCACGUUGCUGAAGCCUCUUAUUGAGCGUACAUCAAACUACGCUUGCAAUUGCGAGUCUUGACUUCCCCGCGAAUUGCCGUUGCCGUCGCACAUCUUCAGGGUCCGUUAAUGCUGCUUCGUUGCAGCGUCACAAGCCAUGGUUGGAAAACGAACUUUCAACAGAGCUGGCAGUGAGCCUGAGGAUGAUCGAAUGCGGAACAAUGACCUGGAAGCCGGUGCCCACAAAAAGAAACGGUUCGGUGGUUUCAAGGAUGCUGUCGAGUAUGCCAUGGACCGCAGGACGACGGCGGCCUUGAAAGAGCAGCUGAAAGCGGGUGUGCUUCAGGGAAGAGAGUUCGAGAAGUCAAGAAAGAGUGAUGAAGAGUUGAAAGGCAUCAAGGACAAAAAAGUGCGCAAGUUCUACGAGAAACAAAAUGCCUCCUUGGACGACUGGGCCGAGGUUGACACCAUAGUCCUCGCCAUGGCCGACGAUGUCAUGGAGAGCAUGAACCUCGACGCCGACCACGAUGGGGUCAGGGAAAGAGAAGGCCGACUGCAAAACGUGGAGGAACGUAUCGAAGACAUGUUACCAGACGACGUGCAGCAGAAAAGAGCCAAGGCAGCACGGAAUGCGCGGUGGUGGAUCAAUAUCAAUGUCAUCGCAAACAUAGCCCUCCUCAUCGCAAAGGGAAUCGCGGCGCUCAAGUCAAACUCCCUUUCCUUGAUCGCAUCGCUCCUGGACUCGGCAUUGGAUCUUUUGUGCACAGUCAUAGUGUGGUCGACCAAUCGACUGGUCUCCUGGAGAUUGUCGUCCCUGGCAAAGAAAUUCCCGGUCGGUCGUCGACGCCUCGAACCCAUUGGCAUUCUGGUCUUCUCCAUCAUCAUGGUUAUUUCAUUUCUUCAAAUCCUGCAGGAGUCCAUUCAGAGACUGCUCCCCAGCGGAGAUCAUUCGAUUGCCACCCUGCCGGCAGUUGCAAUCGGAGCAAUGGCCGCCACUGUGGGUGUGAAGGGCCUGAUUGGACUUGGUUGUUUCCGCAUCAAAACAACUCAGGUGCAGGCCUUGGCUCAAGACUGCAAGACAGACGUGUACUUCAACACACUUUCAUUGCUCUUUCCUCUCAUCGGCAAGCAGGCGGGCGUUUGGUGGCUGGAUCCGCUAGGUGCCGCCCUGCUGUCCCUGUACAUUAUUUACGACUGGGCUGACACUUGCGUCGAAAACAUGACUCGGCUCUGUGGAUUGACAGUCGACGAGCAUCUGCUGAACAAACUCACCUUUCUCGCAUAUCGUUUCAGCAACUUGGUCGCUGGCUUCAAAUCGGUGACCGCAUACCAUGCGGGCGACGGUGUUUGGGUCGAGUAUGAUAUCUUAUUGGAUGAGUCAACGCCGCUGCGUCGUACCCACGACAUUGCGGAGACGUUGCAGUAUUGCUGUGAGGCUUUGACUGAGGUCGACCGUGCCUUUGUAACAACAGACUACUCUGUGCAGAACCCGGGUGGUCAUACGCGAGACGGGAUGUAAGAUGAAGCAUGUAUGAAGUAACAAACACCUGCACUUGUCAAUCUUUUCGUGCCGCAAUCGGCUUCCCUCUGACUACU